GAACCACGAACCUGUCCGAUCGCUUCCUGGUGUAGCCACCUCUAUCCCUGUGAAGACGGGCAUAACCGAGUCGAGCCAGCAAUCGGGACAAGCUAGUGCAUGACACCAGCACCAGCACCACCAGUUGCCCUUGCGCGGCCCGCCCAAGAUGGUAACAUUUCCCUGGAACCCCUUGCACCUCGGUCGUAGUCGACAACCCAAGCUCCCCGUCUACGAGAACCUCAACGCCCCGAGCAAGGAACGAGACUCGAACGACUCCUAUGACGACUCCGACGACGAUGACUACUCCGUCGCCUCCUCCUCCUCUCCCGGCACUGCCAACUCCAGGGUGACAAAUAUUUCUGCUGCUCCCAUCAUGCCUAAGAGGAACUUCGCCGUCCCCCGUGGCCCGCGUCGGCCCUUCGCCUACCGGCUGCCCAACAAGGUCGUCCGCUACCUGUGCUUCGGUCUCAUAUCCUUCAUGGUCCUGCUGAUUCUCACCCUCGUCCGGGCUAGCCACAACGAAAAUAAAAUGAUCAUGGAGGGCAAGGUCGACAGGCCCCCCGCCGCCCCCCACGUCUGGGAGUCCUAUCGCUUCCUGUCGAGGUAUUAUGGUGGCAUCAGGAAUUUAGCCCCUUUCUCCCAGAGCAUACCCGAAUAUCCGCGCUCAAAAGGGGAGCCGCCCGUGGACCUGCUAUCCUACGUCAACAACACCAACCGGACUCCCCAGGUUCAGUCACGGGGCAUUCCCGCGAGCAAAGAGUACAUCCGUUACCCUCAGAGCGUCUUCCAGACCGCCCCCGAGAAAUUUAACGAGUGUUUUCUCGACAAGGCCAAGAAGGUGCGCGUGCCCCCGAUUCGCUACUAUGAAGGGCGCCCCAACGGUUUCCCAGAACCUGUACUCGGCUCCUACGAGCUAUUGGGGCUGCCCGAGGACAUCUGCUUUGAACGCUACGGCCGGUACGGGCCGUACGGGUUCGGCUACUCUGCCAGGUCCGGCGGCCUGGGCACCGGGGAACACGGCGAUAAAGAAGGCUUCGAGUCGACCUGGGACAAGGUCCCUCAGGUCGACUGGAAAGGGAUGGACUGGGCGGAAACCCAGAGACGAUGCUACCAGGAUAAUGCCGCCCGCUACCAGGCUGUGGCCCCUAGGGUCCCUUCCCCCCACGGAUUCUACAUCAGCGAAGGAACUCCCAUCGCGGACCUCCACGCGCGGGCGGACGUACCCGAGCCGUCCAAACCCUCUCCCCAUGCACCGAGCGGAGAUAAAGGUGUGCCGCCAAAGACAGAAUCUGUGGCGAAGUUACUACCGAGGACCGCCGUUGUCAUCCGAUGUUGGGACGAGUACCUCUGGAGGGAGGAGGAUGUCAUGAAUGUCCGCUCCCUAAUUAGCGAAUUGGUCCUAGCAUCGGGUGGCCGGUACGAUGUCCACCUGCUCGUUCAGGUCAAGAAUGACGCUGCGCACCCCAUCUGGGCCGACGCGGCGACGUAUCAGCGGCGUAUCGAGGAAACCAUCCCGCAAGAGUUUCGCGGUCUCGUCACAUUCUGGACCGAGACUCAAAUGUUGUCGCUGUACCAGGGCAUUUUCGACCUUUUCGCCCGAGGUCCAGACCUUCCCGUACACGGUGUUUAUCGUGGCUUGCAGAUGGCUAUGCAGCACUUUGCCUACCUGCACCCGGAGUACGAGUACUACUGGCAGUGGGAGAUGGAUAUCCGCUACAUCGGCCAUUACUACGAUCUAUUCACCAAAUUAGAGGCCUGGGCCAAGGAGCAGCCGAGAAAAGGGCUCUGGGAGCGAAACGCUCGGUUCUACCUACCCUCAGUACACGGCACGUGGGAAGACUUUAAGCAGAUGACCCGGGUGCAGAGCGAGAUGGGCACCACCGGCGCCGACAACAUCUGGGACGGCAUUCCCGGGGCCGAAAAACACCCGCACGCCAGCCGUGGCGGUAAGCCUAUCUGGGGCCCCGAGAGACCCAAGGACCCCAAAGAUUGGUUCGAGCCGGACGACGACCCAGUACCCGAGACAACUUACGAAAAGGAUAAAUACGUCUGGGGAGUCGGCGAGGAGGCCGACUACAUUACUUUCAAUCCCAUGUUCGACCCUGAAGGCACCACCUGGGGUCUCGCCGACGACAUCACGGGUUACAACACGUCCGAAGGCAACGAAAUGCCGCCUCGCCGAGCCCAGAUCAUCACAGCCUCACGCAUGUCUCGCCGCCUGCUCAUGAAGAUGCACCGAGAGACCGCUUUCCUGAAGCACCACGCCUUUCCGGAGAUGUGGCCGGGCACGGUCGCGCUGCAACACGGGUAUAAGGCCGUCUUCGCGCCGCACCCCUUGUACGUGGAUCGCGAGUGGCCUACGGAGGUCUUCGCGCACACGCUCAACAAUGGCAGGAACGGGGCCAGCGGCGGCUCGCGCACGUCGGUGUUCGGCCAGCGCGAGCACAACCUCGUGGGACUCACGUGGUUCUACAACUCGGGCUUCGCGCCGAACCUGUACCGGAGAUGGCUCGGCCUCAAGGUGAACAACGACGGCGGCGAGGAGUUCGAAGAGGUCGUAGACGAGAGCAAGAACGGCACGAACGUCAACGAGAUGCGCGGUGGCGAGGGCAGGAUGUGCCUGCCGCCGAUGCUGCUUCACCCAGUCAAAGGCGUCGAGUUGCCCGUCGAGGCCGACCCGGAGGAGGCCCAGAUCCCUGAAUCGGACCCGGGGGCCUGAACGAGAUAGGGGGAGGCUUUUUUUUUUCUCUCAGAGGGCGGGCUACUCCUGCCAUACGUACGGGCUCUAGCACUUCGUUCACGGGGGCGUUUUCAGGAACCUGCCAUGGCCGGUCUUUUUUUUUGCCGCUGGGUCUUUUGGAACAAGCAGGAUGAACGAAGGAAUGCGGAGCGAGUGCUUGCGCGUCAUCUGGAAACACGAUAUUGGCAUAUUGUAUACAUGUAUAUAGAGACGAACGGGCACGACUAAUUAUAACGAACGGGCGACCUACUCGGAGGGUAGGGUUAUACUAUGGCGGGUUAGUCAAUGAUAUUCCAUGAAUCCAGUGUAACCAAUCUCGAAACCCCCCCUGUUUUCUCAACAUUUCGAAACGCGCCGUAGAAUAUCGCGGGGAUUACGCUACUGUUGGACAUAGACUGCCGGGAGGUCUUAGGAACGAAGAAAAUAAUAAUCCUAGCCGCUGACCUGGAAGCAAGUCCAGCCCGGAAGUCUCCAAUCAUCACUGCCCUGUU